UCUGUCAUGUUUGGCUACUUUUUUUUUUUAGAAACCAACUUAUAUUUUACAACGAAACACCCAGGAAAAAACGCCUUUCACAUUUUGGAACCGGGUAUUGAGUAGGCAGUCGCCCCAUUUCACAAGCUGGUGUCAAUAUGACAUGGCCCUAAGUGUUAGUUGCUAUUGCUAAACUCCUCUCCUUUACUGAGGAAACUUGCCGUGACCACACUAAAUUACAGCAGUGUCAAUUCAAUAACGUUAUUCCGCUUCUUUUCGUUGAAAAGAUUUAAAUUGAGGUGGCUUCAUGGUUAAUCAACCUCUAGCUUGUGUGAAUACUUAUACUGUACCUGUACACUGGUCGUUACCGUAGCAGUUAUUUUUGUCUGUCUAGCCAUUAAUUUUCCAGGGUGUGAAAGGAACUAGAUCUAGUAAAAUGUUAGUCUAUAGGACACGAAGCAACACCAAAAAGAAAUGUGCUCCAAUUGUUAGACCAUUAUAUGAAGUAUGCGAAAGAUUAUCGGGUGUCUUGGUAAUAUUGUUAUUAAUGUCGGCUCCGACAGGCAGUGGCCUAAAAUGAGAAAAUCUCCUGAAUGAAUAUUUUAUACAAUGUUCCUGAAAUAUUAAACUGCCUAACCUUCACCUAUCCUUAAGUCUGUUGGGCAGACCACACAAGAGUUGUCGACAUCUUUCUCCAUUCCUAUUUGUCUUGGAUAUACCCCUCUUUCAAUGGCUGGCAGGCCUGUGCAUUUUAUUUCCCAUCACUUUGUCUGCUGCUUCUUUUUCCUGGUACUGUUCUCUGAAGGUAGGUCUUUGCAAGCCCCGAAGACCUUGUAACAUGACCAUAGAGUUUUUUUUUUUCACAAUAGUUAGGUCAUCGUGGGGUCCAAUUGCUUUUUAUCGUAACCCUUCUCCAAGCUCUUCGUUUGUGAUGCGGUCUACUUUGUUACUAAGGAUUUUGGUGUCAAGCGCUAUGCUUUUGUCUUUCCAUAUUGCUUUUUGUUUUGUAAUUGCUGCUGUAAAUUGUGCAAUUCAGGUCAGUGCUGGUAGACAGUACUGAUUUGAUUUUGAUUUUAAGCACAUCGGAACAAUUUAGGCCAUGUCGUGCCUGCAUUCCCUUAAGGACUACCGGUAUCUCUCUCUCUCUACAUAACAAGGGCUAAAUUCUAUACAGUUAAAUCAUUAAAAUCAAGGUCUAUUCACAGUUAAAAUAGUAAAGGUAGCAGAAAUUUAAUAAUUUGGUAAAAAUCUAAUGUAAAUAGUGCAUGUUCACAAAUUCAUAAAUCAGAUCUUCGUAGACAACCCCACUUCCCGGAUAAAGCCCAGUACCUUCCCAGGGUCGACAUUGUAGUAGUACUACUAGUAGGCUUCAUCCUACACACUUAGUGAUCAUAAGGGCUCAUAAGGCCUAUAUUUCUUACAAGGAUAUAGAGCAUGCGUACAGAUAUCGAUAUUUUAUCAAACUUAACAAUGAUUUUGAGAACAAGUAGACCUAGAAUUAGAUACCCAACGUGAUAUACAAUUUGUGGGCUGGAUUGUAAAGAAACGUUUGGGCCGAUAAUGUAGUUUGUGCAAUCUAUGAUUUACCGGUACUUAGUAAAGAUCUAUAGCCUAUCUACACGAUUCACACAUUGAAAGCUAAGUUUUAAGAUUAAUUAAUCUUGCCUUUUUUUAAUUACAAUACCUCAAGUCUUACAUUCCGAUUGGGUUUUAUGUUCCAAUAAAAAAAAUAUCUAAUAUUCAUUAGUUAAGAGCAAAAUAAUCGCUCUAUUGUCAAAUGAUUUUUUUAUGUGUAAAAGAAGGUAAUGUCUUUUAAAGAUUUUUUUCUUUUGUAACCACCGGGGUAGCCUACUUGGGUUUAUGGAUGUGCUGUGUAUGGUAUCGAUAAUCUAAAUACGCGCACUAUGGUAUGGCACGGUAUUCUGGAAACAAUGUUGACAAUAUAAAUUAAGUCUUUGAUCCAGAUUUUAAAUGUUAUUGUGCAUUAAUUAUAUAUUAUUUACCGGCAUAAAAUACCCGGUAAUUAUAUAUUAUAACCUAUUAUGAAUCUAAAAAAAAAAAAAAAAUAGGGCGGGGGGUCAUAACAAGGUACCGUAGGCCUUGUAUCAAAAUAAUAUCUCGAGUUGGAACAAUGAGCACUGACCCAUAAAUGUAAUGGCAUAUUAACUUGUGAUUAACGCAUAGCUCUUCUCUCUGUACCGGUACGAAUUUGGCUCACAACAGACACAGUCGACACAGAUUAACUGAGAUUAUCAUUAUGUUGAUUAGAUCUAGAAUCUAGAUCAUACUAGAUGUAGAUCUAUAUAUAGAUCUAGAUCUAUUUAGAGUAGAUCAUCUAGAUGAGAUCUAUUCAAAUUGAAUCAUCAUUUUCAUAUCUAGACUAGAGCCUACUAGAGCUAAGAGUAAGAGUCAGUCUAGAAACUAGAUCCUCAUGGCUCAGCCUCAUCCAUUCAAAAUCAACAAUAAUCAUGACAUCAUCAUCAUGGACAUGGUUACAUUUUACAUGAUGAUCAUCUGAUUGAAUAUUAUUAUUUAUUAUAUUGAUGAAUCUUUCCAUUGUUGACAAUGACGACUCUAGUCACGUCUAGUGUCUCUAGACUGUCAUUAGUGAUGCUUAGUGAAGUUGACUCAGCAGAGUUAGAAUACUCAGACUCAAGUCUCAAAUUAUUGAAUUUCUCCAGUCAUAGUUACGAUCCUAAAGUAUGACCUGACUGUCAAAUGUUUUGACAUGUAAAGUUAGACCUCAUGGCUAGCAAAGAUGAGCCCCAAGGCCAUUGUAGCACUUAUUGCAAUGAUGGUACCAGUCACUGCCAUGAUGUCAAAGUAACCCAAGAUGCUCACCACUACAAUGAGGGCAUUAAUCACAGCACAGGUGUCAAUAACUGCCAGGAUGUUUGUCAGUGCAGUGACACUGAACUCAAUGAUGGCACCUGUCACUGCUAUGACUUAAAUAUCUGCCAUGACAUUUGCCAGAGACAUGGCCCAAGUCAUCCCAAAAAUGACACUUAUCAUUGCCACAACACAAACUCCCACCACAGUGACACCUGUCAUUGCCAUGGUGACAGCAGCAUCCAUGACACCUGUCAGUGCAGUGGCAAUGUGGGGAACAAUUACAUCAGUCGUCCUGACUGCUAUCAUGAAAUCAGCGGCCAAGCUUCUGAUAGACCUUAUGAAUCAACAGAGAGCAUGCCCAUUUUUGGAAAAUACAUUCUCUUGCUCUGUGGGACUGUCACAUUUGGCCUGUCCAUCUCGCUGCCUAUUUCUUUAUCAGUAAUGUUCCUCGAAUGGCAAGAUGCCUUUCAAGUUACCAGAGCUCACACGGCUGCUGUACACUCCACUUGUAUUGGGAUUAUAUUUUCUGGAGGAAUUAUUGCUGGAUUCCUUAUGGAUAAGUUUGGCGCUCGAGCAACAUGCCUGAUUGGAUCUUUUCUUGCUUCCUUUGGACUCUUUUUGGGAUUUUUUGCUACCAACAUAGACUUCCUCAUAGCCACCACUGGGGUUUUGACAGGAUCUGGUUUUUGUUUGCUUCAGCUGCCAUGUAUGCCUUGUAUUUCCAAACCAUUCACCAAAUACAGAAGUCUGAGUAUAUCUGUUUGUUCCUUUGGUGCUGCAGCCAUGAACCUAAUAUUUCCUCACAUGUAUAGACUUCUUAUUGAGCACUUCAGCUGGCGAGGUGCCUAUCUCAUUAUUAGUGGUCUGGCUUUCAACACUUGUGUCACAAGUUUCAUCAUGACAUCAACAGUCAGAAUUAAAAAAUGUGUGCCUCCUGCACCCUGUGAGGAAAAGUUACUUUUUCAUGUCAAAGAUAUUCACUACAGCAAAACUGCAGAGAAUGGUAGCGAUGGUGACUGUGUAAAUGUCAGCCACAAUUUUGAAUUUGCAGUUGAUAAGAAAUCAGAGCCAAAUUUAGAUUUGAUUGCUUUGUGCAUUGAAGAGAAAACAUCUCAGAACAUAGGGAGAAAUAGCAUUCAAGUUGUUAGAGAAAUGGAUUCCCCAGGCAAUCAAAAGACUACUGUAGUUUCAUUUGUUAGAGCUAAAAUGUCAAAAUUGUUAGUUUAUUUACAAGGCUCAGACUGGAACUUCUUACGUGACCCAGUGUUUCUUCUAUAUUUACUGUGUCUUGGCAUUACCCUUGGCAGUUUAUUUGCUUGCUUUGUUCUUUUGAUGGAUGUGGCCAGGACUAAAAAUUAUGACCGUUCAACUGGAGCCAUAUUUAUACUGACUGCCUCUGUGGCUAACAUAGGUGGGAGAUUUGUGGUCUGCCUUUUGAACUUGUCACAGCGGUGUCACAGCUUCGUAAUCUUGUGUGCGUUUGGCGGCAUAGCCAGUGUUGCCAUGAUACUUCUUGGCUUUAUCACAGACUAUGUCUACAUUCUGAUCUGUCUGGUCUUCAUAGGUGGUGGCAUUGGUGGGAUGGUCAGCAUCUAUCCCAAAUGUGCACUGGACAUUAGCAUGGCCUGCUCUGGAUCAUAUCCUCUGGCCUUAGGGGUCACCUGCACGAGUGAAGGGAUCUUUGACUUUAUUGUUCCUGUGGCUAUAGGCUACAUGGUAGACGUUUCAGACAACUACAUCCUGCCUCUGACAGUUCUCGGCUGUCUAUCUCUUCUCAUGAUGUCUGCACUUAUGGUAGUAUUUUGUAUCCAGCGCUGGAAACAGUGAUAAAUAAUUUUAUAUACUUGGGACAAGAUUUUGUUCCUGGCAUUAAUUUAGAGUUGUGAUAUUGGCUAUGAACCAUGUGUUAUAGUUGGUUAUCAUCUUUGUUAUCAAACCAAAUCCAGUUCACAUUGAAUAGUUAUUUUUACUUUAACAUGCAUUUUGUUGCAAAUAGUUUUUGUCCUUGUAAUUACUUUGAGUUGUCAUAUUGGCUGUUUACCACAUUUAUAUUUAUUGUUAUUUUACUAUAUCUAAAGACUUUAAAUAGUUUCUUAAAAAAAGGGUUUUACUGUCCAUAAAAUUCUAUUUAGUCAGUGAAAAACAGAUAUUUUUUACCAUAUACUGUACUGUGUUCUUUAAAGUGUAAGUGGCCCUUCAUUUUCUGUAGGUCUUAUAUAUAUAUAUAAUAUAUAUAUAAUAUAUAUAUAUAUAUAAUUAUAUUACUGUACACAUUUUUACAUGGAAUGUUUUGAGGUGUUAGAAUGAAUAAAUUUAGUUCUGUAUUACCCAAUAUGCACUAAAUAUUUGUACAUAUUAACAGAUUUCCAGUUAUUAUAAAAAUGGUUUGGCAUUGUUCUUAAGUUAGAAGGUAAGGGUUUCUAUGUGCAAAGUAGGCUCACCUGUGACCUAUAUAUUUUGCUUCAUAACUAUACUGAAAGUAUAGUAAUGUUGUAUACUGCGUGAAUAAUGUUACUCUGACAUGCAGCUUAUCCAUUAUACACAGACAUGUAACUAACUUGAAAAUUGUACAUAGAUUUUAAAUAGUUUAAAUUUUUAUAUAUUUGUUAUACCCUUCAGUUCUGAAUUUAUAGCUAAUAUACUGAGAAAAACAAACACCACCACAUCAUUUUAACAUACUAAAUGAUUUAAAGUGAUACAUUUAGAUCCAUGCGUU